CAAUUUUUUAUGCAUAAUUACAGAUAUUCUGUCCAGUUGAGUUGAGUUCAUCUUCAUCUUCAUCUUCAUCUUUCUUACAGAGUCAUACAGAAACAAAGAGCAUGAAAAGUAAAUGCUUUUACUGUUUCUUGUUCUUGAUUUUUCUGGGUUUUCAAGAUUGUUGUGAGGGAAGGUGGUUGUUAGCUUCACCAAAACCUGACAGAGAUAAUGCUGCUGGUUAUGCUCGUUGGUUGGUCUCCCAGAGUAGCUGGGGGAUUUUAAGUACAAUAUCAAUGGAAUUGGGAGGAUCACCAUUUGGGAAUGUUGUUUCAUUUAGCGAUGGGGUAGUGGACAAAAGCACUGGCAUCCCCUAUUUCUACUUGACAACCCUCGAUCCCACCGCAAGAAAUGCAUUGAAAGACCAUCGGUCCUCCCUCACAAUCAGUGAGAAUCCGCUCGGAACUUGUGGAAAUGCGGAUCCAGAGAACCCUGUUUGUGCAAAAAUCACACUCACAGGAAAGUUGGUACUGCUUGAUGCAAACUCCAAAGAGUCGAAAUUUGCUCAAACUGCCUUGUUCACAAAGCAUCCAGAGAUGAAAGGGUGGCCUCAGAGUCAUAACUUCCGGAUCUUCAAACUUAAGAUCGAAAACAUAUUCAUGAUUAACUGGUUUGGCGGCCCUAAACCUCUCACUGUUGGUCAAUACCUCAAAUACGAAAUGUGAGUAUCAAAGCUCUAUAUUGUGUUCACAAUUUGUAUGUCAAAAGUUCCUAAAGGUAUACACUGUGUACUGAAAAAUCAUCUGUGAUAAUGAAUAAGCCUUACUUCAUAUCGUAA